UGUGUGUGUGUGUUUUCUCAUUUGACGAAUAGAGGACAAAACGGGUCAUAAUUUGGAGAAUACGAAAGCAGUGCGUGAAUUUGGAGCUUCGUAUGGUCGAUAGAUCGAUCGUUCGUCGAAAGAAUUCCAACGACUCAUCUGGUAUCAGCAACACCCGCUACGAUAAGCCAGGUUAUGAAACCGCCCACAUUUCGAAUCGUCCCUCCGCUCACUUUUCGCUGUUCUUCCGCAAAUUAGUGUUCACCGUUCCUCUAACCGAAUAUUUCUCCGGCUUGAUCGUUGGAAGUUUGUUUCGUCAAGCUUUUCUCGAAGCACGUUACCGACGGAGAUCGCUAGUAAGAAAACGUCAAUAUCGACUAUUGAUUGAGAUGAGGAUAUUCAGUAAAUUGUUUCACCAUGGCAAGAAGAAGAAAAAACGGCAUGAUUUAAAAAAGAGUACGCAAAGAAGAAGGAACUACGUAGCUCAAGAUAAUUUUCUUUUAGCUGGGAAUCAACAUGGAAGAGACAGAAGAAGACGUAAGUAAUUAAAAGCGAGAUUCCCAUUACAAAAAUAUUAUCCCAAUUGACUGGAGGCUUAAAGCCAUCGCUAAGAACAUACGUAAGGAAAAGCGCCAGUUUAGCUGGAAUAUGACACACCUCACAAGC